UCAUAAAUUGGAAAGCUAGGUUAAAAGAUAGGAUACGAGAUAAAAUGCACGAACUACGAAUCAAUAGUACGCAUUCCGUUAUCAAAAGUUCAUGCAUAGUUAUAUAUACGUAAUAUAAAGUAGAACGACAAAUCAGUUUUAGCAUACCAUCCGAACUGUCGGUAUGGCUUCGGUUAAAAUUAACCCAGACUUGGCAAAAGAGAGGAAAUCAGCUUCUUUUGAUUGCGAGGCUCUUACAGAAGUUGUUUAUGGAGGAAAAGAAAAUGUCAGACGAAAAAGAUAUCUACAGAACAUCGUUUUUCAAGACAAGUCUAUGCAAUCUUUCCCGCCAUGGUGGAAUCGGGAUCGGGAAACGCUCUAUGAUGUUGGAAUAAAAAAGUCCAUCUACAUGAUCAAACUUAUCAAGCAACUUAAUAUCAAGGACCUUUCCGACAUUUUCUACAUCAGAGGGGCACUAGUAAGUCAUGAGAACUUUCCCCUCGGCAUCCACGAGUCCAUGUUUAUGCCCACCAUAGAGAAGCAGGGUACCCCAGAACAGAUUGAGAAAUACUUGACGCCUGCCAGACAGUUCAAGAUUAUCGGAACGUAUGCGCAAACAGAAGUCGGACAUGGGACGUUUAUCCGAGGGCUUGAAACGAUGGCUACGUACGAUCCUGCGACCGAGGAGUUCAUCAUUAACAGCCCAACCAUCACGGCCAUGAAAUACUGGCCAGCUGGGUUGGGACGGACGUGUAACUAUGCUGUCGUAAUGGCGCAACUUAACACGCAGGGUAAAAACAUGGGGAUUCAUGCUUUCGUUGUGCAGAUCAGAAGUCUACACGACCACAAACCCAUGCCAGGUGUACAGCUUGGUGAUAUCGGGAACAAGUUAGGGUUUAACGGAAUGGAUAAUGGCUAUCUGAUAUUCAACAACUACCGUGUACCCAGGGACGCCAUGCUCAUGAGAUAUGCCAAGGUUGAAAAAGAUGGCACUUAUGUUGCUCCCAAAAACGCAAAGUUAGCGUAUGGAGCGAUGGUUUACAUUCGUGCUAUGAUUGUCGGAAGUAUGGGAAUAUCGUGUGCAAUGGCCGCCACAAUAGCAACAAGAUAUAGUGCCGUAAGGAGACAAACAGAAAUAAGGCCAGGUGGUCCAGAACCUCAGGUCAUUGACUACCAAACCCAGCAAGAGAAGCUGUUUCCGAUGAUCGCUGCAGCUUUCGCCUGGCAGUUCACUGGCAACUUUAUGAUGGCGGAGUACAAUCGUGUUUCAGCUGACAUUGAGAAGGGCAAUAUGGAGGAAUACCAGUCUCUGCACGCCUUAGCAGCAGGACUGAAGGCUCUGUCUUCAGAUAUCGCAAACGAGGGUAUCGACAAGCUACGGAGAGCAUGCGGAGGACAUGGAUAUACACAUGCUAGUGGGCUGCCAAAAAUCUGGACCCAUAUUACACCCGCCUGUACUUAUGAAGGGGAAAACACCGUUAUGUACCUACAAUGUGCAAGGUACCUGGUGAAAGUCUAUGCCCAGGUUUCCAAAGGCCAGCAGUUACCUGGAUUCAUGAGCUAUCUGAACAAACCACAGAAACCUAAGAGUUCUAUCAACGAAGCUAUAAAGAUGGAAGACCUGACUGACUUGUAUGAACAUGCUUCUGUCAGGAUGAUCCAGGUAGCGGCAACUCGACUCUUGUCUUUGCUUAAGUCUGGGAACUCAAUGGAAGAUGCCCGGAACUUGUGUGGCGUUCAGAUGGUCGAGGCAGCAAGGAUGCAUAGCUACCUGUAUACAGUGCGCACGUUUCAAAGUGUCAUCCAAGCUCGUGCCAGUGACCCGAAAGUGGCGAAGGUUCUCACAUCCCUGUGUCAGCUGUUUGCUGUGAACGGCAUCUUACAGAGGCUCGGCGACUUUCUGCAGGAUGGAUUCCUGUCGGGCCAGCAGGCAGCCAUGUUGGCUGAUAGGCAAUUGGCUUUGUUUGCGGACAUCCGGCCAAAUGCUGUGGCUUUGGUGGAUUCCUUCGACUAUCGUGACGAGGUGCUUGAAAGCUGCCUUGGACGAUAUGACGGCAAUGUGUAUGAAGCGCUGUACGAGUACGCCAAAGACUCCCCGCUGAAUAAACAGGAGGUUUCGCCUUCGUACUACACGACACUGAAACCCUUGAUGGAAGGCAAGCUAACGUUUGACACCCCAACUGCAAGACUGUAAUGAGCAGAUAUCCAUACCAAGGGUGUAGGACUGAUUUCAAAACAGUUAAUGACGGCGACAUAUUGGUCAGUAUUAUUUGACUGAUGUGCUUGGAGACAACUAUGUAUAAUGGAAUAGAGCAAAAACACUUAAUUCAGUGAACUCAAUUCGUUUUUUGAUGUAAACCGAUUAUUUUUAAAUAAUAAUUGGAAAUGCAAUUAAAUAACUAUGUGAAAAACUAUUUCUUGAUUGACCAUGCAAAUCGUCUUGUGCGUUAAUAUGCUCGUACUAAGAAAAGAAAGAGAGUGAAAACGUAUACAAUUUUUGUCUCUGACAUGUUUACCAUUGUGUAUCCAUUGUUUAUAUGUAUGUGGUACUAACAACAACUCCCGUCGUCUUUUUUGUAUUGAUUUUGUCAAAUAUUAAUAUUAGACGUAGGGAAAUCAAUAAAUUGGGAAUUUAUUUUAAGCAUUAUAGGUAAAGAAAGGUUAUUCCGGUUUUAUUUUAUGUGAUAUGACGUUUGUAAAGCACUUUUUAACGUGUAUUUUGUAAAAUCUGGUAAAUAAUAAUAAUAAUA